AUGGCAAAUGCUCCUGCUAAGCGUGAGGUUUUUACAUGGAAGGCAAUACAUGAGGAACUUCUCCUUCAAGAAGUUCUGCUACUGGAGCCAUUUCAGUAUCGACAAGGGUCGAAAGAGAGAGGGGCCACUUGGACUAAAAUAGCAGAAAAUUUGUCGGAAAUGGGGAUGAAGGCUAGUCAGAGGUCAGUGAGGGAGAAGUUUGAGAAGAUAUUGAAAGAUUUUAAACAAAAAGAAGCAAUGGAGGAACGUGCAAGUGGAAUUGAUGUGGAUUACACAGAGAGGGAUAGAGCAAUGGUUGAUAUAUUGGAGAGAAUGAGUGAAUGUGAGAUGACAUUGGAAAGUAACAAAGAAAAAGAAAAUAAGGAGAAGGGAACAGCAGAAGAAAUGAGAAAGAAAGCAAUGGAGAGUUUUGGAGAGACAAGAAGACGGCAUAGUGAAGAGAAUGAGGAGUUGGUUACACCGGAGAGAAAGAGGAGACGGAACAGUGAUGUGAUGGAGGUACUGAAGGGAUCACUUGAGAUGAAGAAAAAAGAACAAGAACAGGCACGAGAAUUACGAGAAAGAGAACUGAACCUCAUGGAUAAUCAGUUAAGGCGACAGGAAGAAUUUACAAGAUCAAUGAUGGAGCAGCAACAACAGUUUCAACAACAACAGCAGGCUGUAACUAUGUCCAUCUUGAACACUUUGGCUGAAAUUACCAAAAAUUUGAAAAAUUGA